GGGCGCAGUAUGAGAGAUGCUGGGAAGUAUGCGGUGAGUGUAUCAUAUUCAAGGCACAGGAGAGCGGACACUCACCGAAACGAGUCUGUAACCCGACUGUAUUGCACAUCAGACUGAUACAACAUACAACAAGUCUCCGUCAACCUUCUUAAAGUGGGAGAAAAAGAAAACGGAACUACAACACUGUCACUUGGGAUGUUGAAUUUACAAGAUUUCACACACGGGUAAUGCGCAAAACAAGACGGAGGUAGUUUUGAGACAAAAUCCAACCAUAGGAGUUUCAUAACACGGGGAUCUGCAAGGAAUACGUUCUGCUAAAAAGCACAGGGGCUGUUGUGGAUAAGCAGAAUAAUUCAGGAGAAUACCUCGUUGAAGGACUUUGGACUUUUAAGAAACAGAGUACAUGGACUUUUCCUGUGUUGUGCAUUUUUUGUGUCCCACAUUGCACUGGUUGUGCACCGAUUUAAAAGGAACCAAUACUGCUACUGCUAGCGCGCACUAAAUGAACACGCGUUUAUAAAGACAUAAAAAAAUAACAAUAGCUAGAAAGUGGUUUUGUGGUCGAAAACACUACAACUAAAAUCAACAGCACCAAGCGCCUAGAUAGAAUACAUCACCUGGGCGCUCGACCGCAGCAAAGGGACUUACAAAGAACGCAUCAUCAGGUAUACACUGACUUGUGUUAAUACAUUAGUCAGCCGGACACUUUUAGUUUUUUUCAAUGACAGAUCGAAGAGAAAAUAAAGGUGUUUGGAGGUCCUGUGUGUAAUUGCAUGGUGGUGAAACAUCGCUUCUGCUUUCCAUACCUACCAAGUCUGGUGGCAUUAGCUGUGCCCCGUAGUUUGAACACUGAAAAGAGCGAUUAGCUGUAAGGGAAAAUACACCCAUGCAAAACACAAGGACGCUUGGAGAUUUAUGAGCAUUAUUCGAAGAGAUCGACAACCAUUUGUGAUUUCGGCUUCGACCCAGGUGGCGGUUUAACAGAAUCUAACAACGGGAUUAACGCGAUAUAACUUUGCGUAUCCAGCAUUGGUCGAAUCGCAGUCCGUUUGGAAACACACCGCAGUGAGAAUGGCCGAUACGAAGUGUUUCUGGAGGUAUUGUCUGGGGGUUUUCAUUGCACUGUGCCGGGUGUCCACGCCUUUAGGAAAAACCUUGGAUUCCGUCUCCUGGAGCUCCCAAAACCAUAAGUUCCAUCCUGGAAAAGGCCUGGUAAUUUACCCUGAGAUCGGGGACAAGCUAGACAUUAUCUGCCCGAAGGCUGAUGCGGGACGGCCGUAUGAGUUUUACAAGCUGUACCUGGUGAAGAAGGAGCAGGCAGAGUCCUGCAGCACAGUCAUGGACCCCAAUGUGCUGGUUACGUGCAACAAACCCGAGCAAGACAUCAAAUUCACCAUCAAGUUCCAGGAGUUCAGCCCCAACUAUAUGGGCCUGGAGUUCCAGAGGAAUAGAAACUAUUACAUCACCUCUACAUCCAAUGGGACAGCAGAAGGACUGGAGAACAGAGAAGGCGGAGUCUGCAACACUCGCUCCAUGAAGAUUAUCAUGAAAGUUGGGCAAGAUCCAAACACAGUGGUACCAGAACCGCCAGUAACAGUAAAACCAAUUAAAGAGAUGGACAACUCGAUAAAGGCUAUCACCACAAGCCCAGCCAGGAAAAACAGGCCGGAUGAAGAUCAAGGCAGUGAAGGUACAAACAACCAGUAUGGGGAAAACAAGACCCCUCCUGGGGAUGGGAUCUUUGGCUCCAGGCCAGCUCUUUUCACUGCCAUCGGAGCGGGCUGUGUCAUCUUCCUCCUGAUCAUCAUCUUCCUGGUCAUCCUCCUGAUAAAGAUCAAGAAACGGCACAGGAAGCACACCCAGCAGCGGUCAGCAGCUCUGUCCCUCAGCACACUGGCCAGCCCCAAGAUCACAGGCAACGCUGGCUCUGAGCCCAGUGACAUUAUCAUCCCCUUACGGACUACAGAAAAUAACUACUGCCCGCAUUAUGAGAAGGUCAGCGGAGACUAUGGCCACCCGGUCUAUAUAGUCCAGGAGAUGCCACCGCAGAGCCCCGCCAACAUCUACUACAAAGUGUGAAGACCUGGGAAACAGUAAGACGAAAGAACCGAAGAAAAAGGAUUUAGGACAUUUUGCUUUAGAGAAUUCGUGCCUACAUUUUACUACCUAGACCUUCUGUUGUCGGUAUAGAGACUUUUUUUAAUAUUGUGUUUAAAACAGUGACACAAGGAAACAAAACAAGAACAAAAGAACGAGGGAUGACGGAGAAGGUCUUAAUGGAGACUGUAGACAAGAUAAUUUCCUCUCUAGGCCAAAGGCAGGUUAUGUGGGCCUUUUCUCAUCUUCUCUUCCUCUUGUUUCUCACUGUCCCUUUGGAUAUACAGUAUAGAGCCACAUUUCCUCUUUAUUCAGCUGUUUUACCCUCGGAAAUGAAAAAGGCUGGAUACUGAGGCUAGGCCCUGAUACUGAGAUGCCUUUAUUCUUGCUCCUAAAGAUAUGAGAGAGAACAAGAUACCUGAAAAACUUAAAACGAUGGUUUGUCUGUCGUGCAAGAACUUCAUAGCUGACUUGAAGCCUUCUCAGAGCGCUCAGGUGACUGGAUGACAAACAGUACAACACAUAACAUUUUUGUUUCACAUCAUGAUGUUUACCUUGUUUAUAAUCAUCAUUAUUAUUUUUUUGCCACCUGAUUCUCAUUUAAAGCUGAUCAGGCUUUCUUUUUAGUUUUGUUUCAGCUCUGGUAUAAAAUAUAUAAAGUUAUUUUUUCACAGAAAAAAAAACACCAGUCAGCCAGCUGCAAUAUAGGACAUAUAGUGACUGUGGAUCUGGCCUUAUUUCCAAAGGCCUGGCCUUAUCCUGUAUGUAGACAGCUGUGAAAUGUCACGGGAAUUCUGAAACAUGUGUUAGGAGAAUCUCAGACAAUAUCACGAUUUUCAAAAAAAGAAAAAUCUGCAAUGUUUUUUUGGUGGUUCUUUUUUGAAAUGGAAGCUUUGUGGCCAUGUAGUUUAUGAAAGAAUAAAGCUAAGUUUCUAGCAAAGGUGGACAAAACACACAGUGCUUUUGAGCUAUGUUGUACUAUUUAAGGCAAAAUAAAAAGUUACAAUGAAAUGAGAAUAAGACAGCAGGGGAACUGUAUUGUGUAUCUCACGUGAGUUAUAUGUUGAGCAGUUCUGUAUGUUAAUUACUCCGUUUUAUCACAUAGGUAGCCAGAUAUGGAAGCUGUUUUGUACUCGGUUGCCUCCAUGAAUAAACUGAUGGUUGUUCAAGCAUUAACACCUAUAAUUCCUUGACUGUAAACAGGUUAUUAAACCAUUAAAAAAAAAAGUAAAGUAAAGUGGAAACAUGCAUUUGAUCAGCCAUGACAUGACAACCUCAUUUUUGACAUGAAAGUGUAUAUUUUUUUACCUUGAGUUAAGGCAGGUCUAAAAUGCAAAUUUAAUGCUCUGGCAAGAAAUUCCGUACUAUCAGGUUGUGUUUUACAACACAAUCUGCUCUUAAAAUGUGGCGCUGUAAUGAACUGCUUUGUGUAGACACCUGCUAUUUUUUAUUUUGCUCUUACUAGGAUCAGCUGGGAACAUCUGAAAGAAAAAUGGCCUCCCACCUCCAGAAUCUCUGUCAGUUUGUUUUUAACCUAGCUGCAAACAAGCAGCAGUGUUUUUAAAAGAUGUAUUUUGAUUAACAAUAUUUUGGUGAUGGAUCAUAGGAUCAGUGUCCGGAGAUAAUAGAGGCGGAGUAUACCUAAAUGCCUGUUGUUCCGGUAACAGACAUAGGCUGUAGUCAGGGGAAGCACAUAUUUCUUACAGAGAUAAAGACUAGGACAGCAGUGCAUACUUUUUUUCUGGUUAAGCAGUGUUUGACUUUACUAUAUAAACGUGUUUGUUUAUGGGCUAAUAAGGCUGCAGAGGGGCUGACUUCAAUGCUAAACCUACAGUAAUGAUUAAACCCUAAACACAUCAGUGGAACCCUUUGAAAUGGCUAAGAAUUACAAAGCCAUAUAGGAUAGGCAAACAUAGGAGAGCCACAUUCAAAGGAAGCAGUGCCUCUUUUAUGAAGUCUGAACUUUAUUAAACCUGACAAACUUCAUGUAAUUCUACAAUAAAGAUGUAUUUAGGGAGUGCCAUGGGACUGGCGUAAGCACUAGCCAAGCCUGGGGGAGUGUACUUUAAUUGUGGAGACCGGAAAUAAAUCAACUAACCGAACAAACGAGGCAGAUAUUGCAAAAUCAAAACAUGACAUCGUAAAAAUCAUGGUUCCAUAGACAAAUUCAAAUAGGAACAAAUUAAAUGAAAAAAUAAA